AUGGCACGUGGCAGGGCCAUGGCGGAGUCGCUGCGCAUGCAGCGCCCGUGGCACGCGCAGCUGCUGGGGCCCUUGUGCACCGAGCACGAUUACUACCUCGACCUGCUCUCCAUCCUGCAUCACAACCAGGACGUGUUCCCGUACCAUCUGAGUGCGUACAUCUGUGGUGUGCUGCGCAUCUCGCCCUUCCGCUUCUACCGCGACAUGCUCGUAGACGCCAUGGCGCAGGGUCAGUGA